AUGUCUGGCCCCUCCGACGAUGGCGCUGGCCAUUUUCUGCACUCUACCCGGUCCUUCACCAGAAUGGAAAGCUCGGAUGCCCACCCUUCAGCACGAGCAACGGCCGAUCAAGACACCCAGCCCGUGUCCUCAUCCGUCGAUACUGAGGGGCAGCAAAAUGGAUCUGAUGUGUUUGAAAGACGAGGCUCCGCCGAUUCAGCCGGUGCAGAUGGCCAGGCUGACGAGGGGUUUGUGCUGUCAAGAAGCGUGCAAGACCCCUCGGAAGAGCUUCCCAUUGAGCUGAUUAGCUUGACUGAUCGAUUCAUCAACUCGUUGAGCGCAAAAGUACACAACUCCCCUCCUACGAUCGACAAAAUCUCCUCACUCUUCCAGGUCUUCUAUGACCGCGCCGAAUCCCAUAUCGCUACACACAUCUCUGCGCUUGCCUCACGUAUCAAUAGGGAUCCUGCUCCGCAGGCUUCAGUCUCCCGCGGAGGUGCUUUUUCGAAGCUAGGCAACAAAAAGUCUCAGGAUGACGUUCGGCAAAGUGCUGCUGGUCGGCAAAUGUUGACGGCAUCGGAAGUUGCGGACAGAAGGAGAGCACGGAAAGCUCUGGAAUACAAACGUGCUGUGAUGGAAGAAGCUGCGGAACGGAGAGUCUGUGAAUUGGUCUAUGACAAACUCUGGAGACAUAAGACCACCUUGGAUGACGUUCGAGAUGAAAAGCUACGCUCCAAAACUGCCGCCUUGCUGCUGGUAGGCAUCAACCUGAAAGAUCUGGGUAUCGAAAUCGACUUAUCAGCAGUUGAAGAGACGAAACAGCAAGAGGCGAAUGAUUAUUUGGCCCAAGCCAGAGACUUUUUGGAAAAAAUGAACGAGUACAAAUACCCUCUUGGCAAACUUCAACAACUAGCGGCCGCGCAUAAAGCUAUUGUCGACGCGUUAACCAAACUCUUACCUUCGUCAUCAUCGGCAGAUGAGAUCCUUCCCACGUUGAUCUACUCUCUCAUCACCUGUCCAGCUGAUGGGAUUAACAUUAUCAGCAAUCUACUCUUCAUUCAACGCUUCAGAUCCUCGAGUAAGAUCGAUGGCGAGACCGCAUAUUGCUUGACCAAUCUUGAAGCGGCUAUCAGCUUCCUAGAGAAUGUCGAGCUAUCCAGUUUGCGAGCAGAUGAGCUGCAGGAGGGACCUCUCCGAACUCCGAGUGGAACAGCAACCCCAUCUUCGGAGCGACCCGACCCUUUCAGACCAGCCAAAGAUACCACCACAUCUUCGGUCACCACUGUGUCUGCUUCGCCAGAGAUAACCAAACCGGAAACCAAGGAACCAGCCUCAUCUACAUUGCCGCGCCCCCGCCCCUCUCCAGCGCCCCAGCAACGACGCCUGAGUAACUUAUUCCAACCACCUGCCAAGGUACUUGAAGCAGCAAAUGAUGCAGUGCGUACUACGGCAGAUCAGAGUCUCAAAAACAUUGGCGCCUCUCUCGACAACUCUUUCAACUUCCUUUUCGGUCGCCUGAGAGAACUACAGACUCAAGUUCCUAAUUCAACUGGACCCGUGCUGCCAAAGACAUUGGCUGAAGCCCGUCGCCUAGUUGCCCAACCCCUGGUCAACAAGCAAAAUAUCAUACAAGACGAUUUAGCAUCUAUAAAUUCCAUUCCAUCUGACGACGGUGCACAGCCGACAAGCAGCUCAAGAGCCACAGGCUUAAUCAGCGGUGGUCGCACCCCCCGCGACCGAAGCACUGACAGUACACGGACACAAGCGAGCAGCAAAAGGUCGAUUGCUCCAUCCCUGCGAGACGAACCCAUUCCGAGUCCAUCUUCAGCCACACCUCAAAACCCACUAGAGUCAAUGCGGAACUUUGGGAACUCACUUAACCCUCUCAAUCACAUUCCAGGCAUGAUCAAGAACUUUGGUCGUAAUGCCCCCGGUCCCGAUACUCGUAACGGCUCGGACACACCGAAUCUUAGACCACUAUCUCCUGCAGCGAUGGAUCGCCUCAGAAUAUCGCCUGUCUCGACAGAAUCUGCGAGUGCGACCGCGAGCCCACGACCUACACAGAAGAUCGAUCCUCCCAUCCAAAGGUUCAUCGAUACUCAAGAUGCUCAAGAUCUGCGUGUUGGAGAUGUGGCUGCUCUACUUGAAGAUUAUAAGCGACUCGCGGCUGCUCUACAUAAGUCUGGAGCGGUAUCUCGAUGA